AUGGUCAGUGGAAAACCAUUAUCAGAAUGUUCACAAUUUUAUUUACUCUCUCAUCAACAUAAUGUAUCAGUUUCGGAAAUAAUUGGACAAGACCCACUCUACCCAAAGCAAUGGCACUUGAAGAAUAAUGGGCAAUCACAAUCGGUUGGUUUUGGAGAUCAAGAUUCUGGUUCACCUGGAAAUGAUGUAAAUAUUUGGCCUGUUUGGGAGAAAUAUCGUUUAGCUGGAUACAAUAUAACAUUGGCAAUUGUUGAUGAUGGUGUGCAGUAUGAUCAUCCUGAUCUGGAAUGUGGUUUUCAAGAAGAUUUGAGUAAGGAUGUGAGUUCUUAUGGAACUCCUUCGGAGUAUGGAGCUCCAGGAGGUAGUGGUGAUAAUCAUGGUACUUCUUGUGCUGGUGUUUGUUGUGGCCGAUCCAAUAAUCACAAGUGUGGUGUUGGAGCUGCUUUUGAAUCCAAUGUUGCCUCAAUUCGUGCCUUAGGUGAUGCCUAUUCUGAUUCAGUUGUUGCUGAAGCUCUUUCUCAUUUCAAUGAUAGAAUUGAUAUUUAUAGUAAUAGUUAUGGACCUUCUGAUGAUGGUGUAACCGUUGAAAGAUAUCCACUCUCUAUUAUGGCAUUGGUAAAUGGUAUUCAAAAGGGAAGAAAUGGUCUUGGAAAUAUCUAUGUCUGGGCAAGUGGUAAUGGUGCCAAGUAUGGAGACUCUUCUGAUUGGGAUGAAUUGGCCAAUAGUCCCUACACUAUUUGCGUUGCUGCCACUGAUUGGCGUGGUAAGAGAAGUGACUAUAGUGAAUCUGGUACAAGCACAUUGAUUAAUGCUCCAUCAAAUAACUAUUACAAUGGUGGUUAUUCUUUCACAAGUAAGAUUGUCACCAUUGAUAGAACAGGAAGUAAUGGAUACACCAGUGGGGAUUGCUAUGAUUCAUUUGGAGGUACUAGCUCUGCAUGCCCUCUCGCAGCUGGUGUUUUGGCACUCAUAUUGCAGGCAAGAAGAGAUUUAACAUGGAGAGAUGUUCAACACAUUCUUGUUGCAACAGCAAAAAGAACUGACCUCACUCAUUCAGAAUGGAUUAAGAAUGGAGCCGGCCUCUAUCACAACAUUCAUUAUGGAUUUGGUAGAAUUGAUGCUUAUGCAGCUGUUCAAGCAGCAAUGAGUUGGUCAUUAAUUUCCUCUCCAUAUCUCAUUGAAUCAUUUGGACCAGAUCUUGAAUUGGGUUCAGAGGGACUCAAACUUUCCGAGAGUAGCACCAGUCCAACCAUUGUUCUCUUUGAAGUUAAAAAGAAAAUGAAAGUAGAAUCAGCUGUUAUCAGUCUCACUGUUUCAGUGCCAUCUAGAGGUAGUGUUUAUUUUGCUCUUCGUUCCCCAGCUGGAACUAUUAGUAUGAUGGGCAGAGGUAGAAGAAAUGACCACUCUAGUGAUAUUGAGGAUCAAACAUUCACAUCUGUUCAGUUCUGGAAUGAAACUGCCACUGGUGUUUGGUCAUUUUCAAUUUACACAAGUGUAGCCAAUGUUGCACAUCUAAAAAAGAUUGGACUCACAUUGCAUGGUAGUGAAAUAUUGCAUGUUGAACAAUCUGAGGUAGUUCCAGAAGAAAGCAAUCCUUCUGAUGAGAGCCAAAUUAUUCCUUUCCACUUUAGAGUUGGCGCAGCCUCAAUAUUGCUUGCUUUUGUCACUUGUCUUGUAAUUGCCGUAGUUGUUAUCGCCUACUUGAAACGAAAAUAUAAUAGAGAAAAACAAGCUGCUGCUGAUUCAGCUGCAAAUGCAACACAAGUAGCAAACAGAGGAUCGUUUUAUUACAGAAAUUAA